AGGUAUGCGGAAUGGGCAACGCCUCUAGCGACGGCGUACGUUCGAAGCAGCGCCUGUUUGAAGUCAACCGUCAACAAAGAGUCGUCGCGGCGUCUCCAUUUGGCUAUGUAACGUUAAUUUGAGUGUGAAUGACCUACAGGUCAUAACCGCCGUUUGCGUAACAGUGUGUGCAGUGCUCGGAAAACGUAUUUAGCGACACGCAAAGAUCAAUCAUGCCACUUCUAAGUCGCUGCUGGACGCCUUUCCUCCUGUACCAUUGGACCAACCUCCGUUAUGGAAGUUUCUACUCUGCGAUGUACACAGCUGUGUACCAUGUUUUAUUCAUAUUCUAUGCCAUAUAUGCCGUCAACGGAGGAAGAACUGACUAUUUCUUCAGUCCGUACUUCGAGCUUUCAAUGAAAGGAAUAUACGUUGCAGCCGGCUGCACAAUGGGCUUUGGUGUUGUCUUUCUCCUUUUCACACUAAUGUUGGUCUUAGGCAUCAAACGUGAUAACCGUUGCCUCUUCUUCCCAUGGAUGAUAUCUGUUGUCAUUGAAAUCCUUCUCAUGAUUGCCGUAGGACUGUGGUACAUCGGCCGCUAUUACAGAAAUCUUUACUCUGUUUUGGCUGCUAUCAUCCUAUGGUGCAUUGAUGGUGUCCAUGUCUACUGCUUCACGUGCGUCGUAUCGCACUACCAGGUGGUCCGUGACCUCCAGGAGCCGAAGUUCCAGAUUUUGUACCCAUAAUUUUGAAUCUAGCCGUUCAGACUGCAGGCAAAGCUGAGCAGGCACAUACUCCGCCAACACAUCCAAUUUCUACUCCUCCACCUUCCUGGAGAGCGCAAAGAACAUGCUCAGGAUCCAUAUUAAUGACAUUCAAAAUUCACCGAGUAAGGAAAGCAUGUGCACACCAAAAAGCAAGAGACGAACUAAAAGUGAGGAAGGGGGGUAACCCACGCGAAGACGCUCCUUGCCAAGUACAGCCUUUGUUAGAAGAAACAUUAACUGUGUACCUGACUACAGCCGAUUCUGACUGUGUGGUUGAUGCCCCGUUGGCAUCUGCAACUAAUUAGAAGCUUUGACGAAGUGAAGAUGUAUUUUUGGACUAGUUGGUUCAUACUUUCUGAAAAGCAGCACCAGAGAACACAAGGGACAAGACAAAGAACAACAUGCAGCGCCCUGUGUACGUGUCGUUGUUCUUUGUCUGGUCCCUUGUGUUCUUGGGGCUACUUUGCUGCAAGGAGAAGUGAAUUAACAUUAUCAUCACUCUCCGCAGCUUUCUGGUGCCACUAGUCUCAGAAGUGACACAAAACAGCCAGCAGUUGGCAACACACAUACUGGGCGUGGCCAUGUUUCUUCUGACAAAUGAUGUACUGUAAUCACGGAUUGAAACGCUGCAAUUUAGGGCUAAGUAAUGCGCAUGCCUUCAUUUCGACUCUCUUCAGUUUGUUUCAUAUUGCCGUAAUUUCAACUCGAAUGCUUACAUCAGGGCCAAUAUUACGUUUAGCAGCCAGAUUAGUAGCGUCGUGGCAGGGUUAUAACAAGCAUUUACGCAUACCAGUCGUUAUACUAAAAAUUUUGAUGUUUUGUGGACAUUGCUUGGAGUGCGAGCACUACAGUAUCGGGCAUGAUGACAUUGCAGCUGUGCGAAAGAAUGUGGCAUGUAUAGCAAAUUGGUCAAAAACUGCAUGCAAUUCUCAGUACAGAGGUUUGCCAUAAGGAGUCGGCAUCCAUGAUUUAGCUUUGGCUUGUUUUUCACUGUCAAAUGCUUUCUGUUUUGCACAAGCAUAAAUCACUGCCUUCUGCUUGCAUAUAAUAUAUGUAUGUACAUAUUGCAGAAAGGAAAACACAGCUUCAUGAUCACUUGUCAUCUGCUUGGUGCAAUGACAGUGAUGUAGCUUACCUUUCUGCCUGUAAUCUUGUUUUAAUAAUCUUCCCGGUGCAAGUAGGGCUGUUGUGCCUUAUUUAUUUUUUACUUUACAACAGCAAUCCAAGCGGUGAAUUACUAUGCAGUUCAUUGGCCAUUAUUGCCAUUCCGUCCAUGAAAGAAGAAUGAAAUCUCAUGGUUGUGAAGUGUACAAUUUCUACUCUUUUACACCUUUUCUGCAGCUUUACAAUGCACUUGAACUGUGGGACUGAUCAUUUGUGGUGGGUUUUGUUAUGCACUGAACUGAGGAAUGCUACGUUUCUGCUUACACCAAGCAGUCGUGAGCCCACAGCAGGUUUAAAGUCUUUUGCGAUGGUUUUCUCAAUACCUGCAGUGACCAAUCACUGGCAUUUAACACAUGAAGAGGGCAACAACACAUUACAGUGUGCUCCACAUGAAUCUCAUGUAUGUAGUCUUGACAGUGAGAAUCUCCACCACGGGGACUUUAAUGCAGAUGCUUGUGCAUAGCUGUGCCAUAAGGUUCUUUUUAAAAGUUUUGUUGCAAUCAUAUCCUGCUAUCACACUGCCAGUAUGAAACAUUCCUCACUUCAUUCAGAGUGGAGCGAUUUAGCCCACAGCACCUUGCAGUGUUAUGUCACUCGUGCAUUGUAUCAUUCUGCCGAAGAUGGAACAUGAACCAAUGAGCUCAUCCUUUUAUACUCUUUCAGCACAUUUCCUAAGUCACCUGAAAUUCUUCGCCAAUGAUAAAUCCUUGCACUACAUCAAAGAAGGAUUAGUACACCACAAUAUUAUUUGUGCUAUGUGUAAAAAAAAAAAAGAAAAUUGAACUUUGGCCAGCUGCAUCAGAAAUGUCCCAGGGAGGCAUUCAUAUCGCUACCUUUUGGCCAACUUAUCACCCAUUAGUAGCAGCAAGCAGCAAAUCUGCCCUACAUUUUGUCUGUAGUAUGAAGUUGCUCAAGGUGCAAAUUUGAGCAUAGCUUUAAUAAAGGAAAAAAAAAAUUUUUUUU